AUGAAUACAGAUAGUAUACCAGCAGUUAAAGUGGUGGUGCUAUGGGACGAGUACUGGAAGGCGCUGAAAGCGUUUAUGCCAAAGAACUGGCAUGGCAUGCAGCAGAGCCAGAGAAUGGAUGCAUACUUCAAAAUAGCCCCGCUAGUGACUAUUAGAGUAGACGACCCAGAAUUCGCGAUGUUUUCUGCGUUUGACACGAUCAAGGACGCGUUGCUGCAUGCAAACAUGCGAAACAACAUAUUGGCCUUCCUGGAGCCCGAUCUUGAAAUGUUUAAGAAGCUGCAGACAGACCUUUCGGUAGUAGAGUCCGCCAAAAUAGAAGCUUGGGACGUUUUAACCAACCUAAAACUCAAAUCACCCACACAGCCAGAUACCAUUCCAGAAGACGGCGAGGCAUUCAGUCUGAUUAAAGAACACGCAUAUCCUGCAGAAGCUUGUGUGGAAGACCUGGAAAAAACAUAUGAAUGCAUGCAAGAAGCCUUUAGGCAAGUGCAGGAUACUAACCAGCAAAGCCUUAUGCUGCAGGAGACCCAUAAUCGAAUGAGCAUUCUACAAGAGACUGACGUGAAGAGCAAAAACUUGCAAAAAACUGAGGAGCAGCCGCUCAGCCAUGCCGACCAGGAAAAUCGCCUUCAGUCUCACAAAAUAAUAAUAGACGGCAUUUCAGACCUUCUAAACAAGCUGUACUUCAACAUAAAACAGCAAGAAACGGAAGCCCAAAGAGAAGAAUACUGCAAUUUUUUGAAUACCAUUUCACACUAUAUGAAAACAAUUAUGCAGUGCGACUCUGUGAAUUUCCUUAUAAACAUAAAAGCUGAAAAGCCCGAUUCAACCCUGGGAAAGCACUUUAUCUGCCGGACAAAUGAAUAUUUGAGCUGUCUUAGAUACUCUCUUGUUGAAUUCAACGACCUCAGCGAUGAGUAUAUGGAAACAAUGGACGCUAUCCACAAGAAACUUCCAAAUGUUAUUUCCAUUCUCCAUGAAAUAGAAAAAAAACACUAUGGUGAGCAGAUGACGAUGACCAUGGUCAAAAGGCUAGAAAAAAUCAAAAAAGCACUCGAAGAUGCUAUAGAGGAGAAGACCAGCGAGAUUCAGAACAGCCCCACCGAAAAGGAAGCCAAUGAGACAGAAAAGUGUUUGAAAAAGCUCAACCUAGCAAUCCAAAACGUCAAGCACGCGCUGGGCUUGGCCAAAUGCUCUUCCAAUAUAGCUUCUGAUCUAGCAAACAAGCAAUCUAAGAAUCUUUCACUAGACCCGUAUACUGUGGUGUCCCUUGCCAGAAGAGCAGAAAUUCUGGUAAGCAAAGAAAUACAGGGGCUGAUAGAGCCCAUUGAAGAAAUUCCCUGGUCCUACUCAGAAGAAACCAUAUGUGAUAGGAUUUCCAAAGAGCUGCGAAAAAUGUGCAUAGACACGCAAGUGUUUUCGUAUAUGCUUGCAUCUCCUGUAGAGAUCAAUGAAUGGAGGGGGGCGCUUCUAAACAAUGUGUACUCGAUGCUGUCAAUCAAGCAGCUCGAGAAAGACUUUAAGCUAUACCUAAUCCGCAUAGCCCCUGCCAUGUCGCUGUUUGAAAACACCAGUGUAGUUAGGGAGGCAGCCGACUACAUGCAGAAUGCUUUGCGGAUUCAGGGCAAAAACAACUGCGAAAUGGAAUUUAUCAAGAGUUUUAGACCGCGCAAUAACACCCUGUACAACACCCAGACAGGAAUGAACAGACCGCCCAGGCUAUGCGGCUCCUUGGACAUGAUUACGCCGAAAUCUAGAGUUGGGUUUUGCCGUGUGGAUAUUUUUUCACCGAGCGACGAUGAUGUUAAGGGAAAAUGCGAGUGGGUUAGAAAAACCAUAGUUGUUUUGGCGUGUGUGAUUUUCAUAGCAUUUUUGACUUUUCUGGCUGUGUCUUUACACAUCUCAGAGUCUAGAAAAGGGCAGAGCAGCUCCAUAAGAUCGAAGUAG